UACUCUAUUUUGUUCUCCUUUCUCUAUUCUACUCUACUGUUCUCUAUUCUAUUCUCACUUUUCAAGUGUGACUCCAAUAUACAGGUCAUCCUCCACUUAAUGACUGGAACUGGGCCCCAAAUUUCUCUCGUUAAGAGGGACAGUCGCCAAGAGAGCUUUGCCUCAUUUUGCAAUCUUGCUUGCCACUGUAAUGAAGCCAAUCGCUGCAGAUGUUAAGUCGGUCACACGGUCGUUAAGUGAAUCAAUCUCCCCCCAUUGACUUUGCUUGUUGGAAGGACGCCAAAGGGGAUCACAUCUCUCUCUCUCUCUCUCUCUCUCACACACACACAGACACACACACACACAUACACAGAUGGGAUGCCACCGUCAUCAAUACAAGCCAGCUACCAAGCGUCCGCAUUUCGAUCCCGCGACCAUGGGGGUGCUGCAACGGUCGUUGAGUGUGACAAGCGUCCCAAGUCAGCUUUUCUUCCGUGCCGUUAUAACUUCGAACUAUCACUAAAUCAACUGUCGUAAGUCGAGACGCAGCUGCGAAUGGAAGGGAUUUUUCUACAAAAAGCUGCCAGCCGGCCUGAGAAUUUGUGACCGACGACUACGUUGGAUCCCCCAAAAUUUCUGUCGUUGUGAGACAAGAGAGACAAUCGUUCAGCGAGUUCAGCUACAGCUACCCCACCGAAUGUUUUGGGGGUAAAGGCGGUCCUCCACUUACGACGGUUUGCUUAGCGACCGUGGAAAGGGACAACGGCGCGGAAAAAAAAGGGACCGUUUUCCCGCCCGUGACGACGUCGUUAAGAAAAGUUGGAUGACGGGGCAAAAAUUCACUUCGCAAAGCGGCCGAAAUAUUGGUACUCCGUUGCGGUCGUCAGUUAGGACUGCCUGAACUUGUGAGCCUUUACACACAGACAGACACGCACACACACACACACACACACACACACACGCACGCACCUCAGAUUAAGUCUCCUUCCCGGUUGGACUUGGCUGGUCUACACAAUUCGUUCAAUUGCCUGAGUUUCGGCGGUUUUUUUUUUUUUUACUCUCACCACGUUGUUGUGUUGGACAGAGUUUUGUCGAAAGGUCAGGCGUGCCACAAGGGUUGUGUAACCUCUCAAGUGAACAGCUUCCUUCUGAAACCAUUUUGAACGCUUGGGGAUCCUCGUUCGGUCGCGUUUAAAUCUGUGGGGGGCUCGGCGAGAUGUUUGUUCCUGUCCUUCGGGCUUUGGCCAAGUUUUGAACGUGCCGACCCCCCCCCCCAAAAAAGGUGAGCGGUCUCUCCUCUCCAGCUGUUUUUUCUCGGAGUGUCUGGGGGGGGGUGUUUCUCUUCUCAUCAACAGCUGGUUCUCGCAUGUACCACCACCUCCUUCAGGAGGAAACUGUGGUUUGUCUGCUUCCGGUUCUCGCUCGCUUAUGAGCGAGGAUUGGCGCUCGUGCGGCCUCGUUUUCUGCUAAUGCCCGAGUCUUAUAUUGCUGUCGAGGUGACCCUGGGGACUCUCGGUGAGCCGACGUUUCCAGGUAGUUCCACGUCCUAACGACAACCAUGGAGAGCGAGCCUGGGAUCGUCUCGCCGUUCAAACGGGUGUUCCUGAAAGGGGAGAAGGGGCGCGACAAAAAGGCGCAGGAGAAGGUCACCGAACGGAGGGCCCUUCACACCGUGUCGUCGGCCGGAUUCCCGGAACGCUUCGAGCCGGACGUCCUGCUGAACGACUACAUCGAGAAGGAAGUGAAGUACUUAGGCCAGUUGACGGUUCCCGGCUACCUGAAUCCCUCCAGCCGGACGGAAAUUCUGCAUUUAAUCGACAACGCCAAGCGGGCCCACCAGCUGCCCGGCCAGCUGAGCCACGAGCACGACGCCCUGAUCAGCCUCUCGGCGUACAACGUCAAGCUGGUCUGGCGGGACGGCGAGGACAUCAUCCUCCGGGUCCCCAUCCACGACAUCGCCUCAGUCUCCUACAUCCGGGACGACUCCUCACACCUGGUGGUGCUGAAGACGGCUCAGGACCCCGGCAUCUCCCCCAGCCAGAGUCUGUGCGCCGAGAGUUCGAAAGCGCUCACCUCGGGGUCCCUGUCCGAGAGCGGGGUGGCGCCCGUCGAAGCCUGCUGCCUGGUGAUCCUGGCCACGGAGAACAAGGUCACCGCCGAGGAACUCUGCUCCCUCCUCAGCCAAGUCUUCCACAUCGUUUACACCGAGUCUACAAUCGACUUCCUGGACAGAGCAAUAUUUGAUGGGGCCACCACACCCACCCGGCAUCUGUCGUUGCACAGCGACGAUUCCUCGACCAAAGUGGACGUCAAAGAUGCCUACGAAACGGAAGCCAGCACUUUCUCCUUCCCGGAAUCCCUGGAGCUGGGGGGCAACUCCCCCACCUCCUUUUCAGCCCAGCCGUCUCCCCCCCCGCAGCCGGCCAGCGACAGCGAGCUGAGCACAACGGCGACGGAGCUCCUGCAGGACUAUAUGAUGACGUUACGGACCAAGCUCUCGUCGCACGAGAUCCAGCAGUUCGCCAUGCUGCUGCACGAGUACCGCAACGGGUCGUCCGUGCACGAGUUCUGCGUCAACCUCAGGCAUCUGUACGGGGAUAGCCGGAAAUUCCUUCUGCUCGGUCUCCGUCCCUUCAUCCCGGAGAAGGACAGCCAAUACUUUGAGAACUUCCUAGAGACCAUCGGCGUGAAAGACGGACGGGGGAUCAUCACGGAUAGUUUUGGCCGAUACCGCUGGACGGUGAGAACCAUCUCCAACUCCACCGCCAACGGCAACGGCGCCGCCGGCAGUUCGGAUGACCAGUCGGUGCCGUCGGAGGGGGACGAGUGGGAUCGGAUGAUCUCCGACAUCAGCAACGACAUCGAAGCGUUGGGGUGCAGCUUGGAUCAAGAUUCGUCCUGAUCCGGGCAAGGACGCCGAGAGACGUGGACCUCUCUGUCCCGCGCCGGACCCCAUUUUAUUUCUCACUCUUGUUUCCCAGACUUCCUCUCCCCAAGGCUCCCAUUCAUCCUGAUUGGGGCGAGUACGCUACGAGACACGGACCUCUCUGUACCGCACCGUCCCCCCCUCCCCUUUUAUUUCUCGCUCUCGUUUCUCGUGCCUUCCCUCCCUUAGGCUCCUCACGGAGUCCCGUUCGUCCCAAGCUUGGGUACCCACUGCCGUUGUGGAGAAACCAUGAAUCCCGGGAAGGUCAGCACAAGCUUCUCCAGGGUCUACCCCCUCCCCCCAUUCCCGCCUCUCCAGUUUUGCACAUGACCUUUCUUACACGGAUGUCUGAAUGCGUGUUCCUGGAGUUCCCUCGCCACUGAAAUCCCAAGCAGUUGUCCUCUAAUAUUUCAAAGGAGGGUAGCGGUUGAGUCGCUCCGGCGCUCCAUCCGUUGUGGGAUGGGAGCUCCUUCUGUCAACGCCAGCAGGCGGAUCUAGUGAUGGAUCUGGCCGUGAUUUUGAACUUGGAAUUCCCUAAGGACAAGUGGGGUGAUCUCAGGGUGGAGAACCCGGUUGAGAAACCGGUUGACGGUCUGCUCCAAGACAAGUCACAGCUCUUUUACUCGUCCACGUGGUGUCCAAACCUUCCCCGAUCUUAGCCAAAUUCGGACCGUUCCAAGCGGCCGGACCAUAAUGAAGGCCCAAGCCCCAUGGAACAAGCAGGGCAUUGUGGGUUGGGGGUGGGGCUGUCUCAUGGUGGACUUCCAUCCAGGACUCCCAGUCCUUCGGCAAGUUGGGGGUCGAUCCAACUUAAGAACGAGACUUUUUUUAAUCCUGGUUUAUUAUUUUUUUUCAAGCAGCGGAGGCAAUAUAUAUACAUAUGUACAUGUGUUGUAUAUAUUAUACAUAUAAAUGCACAGUUAUUUUUCUAAGCGUGUUUCAGGCCACCGAGAGCUCGCCUGGCUUCUUAUAAACUGACAUGUAUGUUCUUUUAGCCCGUCGGGAGAUGGACAGACACGUGUGUCUUUUUUUUUUUUUUUUAAAUCGCACCAAAAAUCGGUGGCUUGCUGUUUUUUUUUUUUUUUUGUUUUGAUUUGUUUUUUUUCCAAAGAAACCGGUUUCAAAUAAAAAGCUGGCUGGGGAAGCCACAGCCAAGACGUGAGGGCUUCUUAGCUUUCCAUCUGGGCAAACUGACCGGGA